UGGCCUGGAAAGUGAAUGUCUACGAACUGUCAAACAUUUUAAGAAACAGUUUUAAUACAUAGUAAUGCAUCUUUGAAUUGAAAGAAAGAAUUUCUAUCCUGCACCACAAUAGCGUCCCAAUACAAAAGUUUGUUCACGAGGGUUCUACACAAUUUAUAACGUUGACGCUGUCCCUAAACAUCGAAGCUGAAAAGGCAUUAAGCCAUGAACCACGUGACCUAGAGGAAUAGUGAUCAAAAUUAUUAAAAUGAGGCUGUUAAGGUAUCGCUAUAAGUCAGCGUGGAUAGCCUUCCUUAUAUUAUUCUCCAUUGCUGGUGUCAUGCUGACCUACAAACGUCUAAGUGACAGUCGCAGCGAUGGAAGUAAGAAAAAUUAUCUUAAUGAUCUUGUUCAAGGAGGAGAUAUGAACUUUGCCCCUGUGAAUCAUGGGAUGGACAAACCAAGAUAUCCAGAAGUUGAUAUAAUGGAAGUUCAAGCAUUACAACAUAAUAUAGAGAGACAGAAAGAUAAAUUACAAGCUUUACCAAAAAUUGAACUUCCGGCUCUUGAUUCUAAUAAAUAUCAUAGAAUCAAAUCUUUAUUAAAAAAUUUAUAUCCUCCAGAUUGGGGACGAGCCCAGGAUGCAGAUGACAUGAUAAUGGAAGUCAGCCAAGAACUUUAUGACCUUGGAUUUGAAAGUCCAAUGUCAUGUAAAGACAUUGAUGGAUUGAGAAUCUCAUCUUCAUUCCGUGUCGGAAAGAAAAAGUUCAUUGAUAGAGCUUUUGUUCCAGACAAAGGGGUGGAAGUUAUUAUGAAAUCUCAGGCAAAUGACCUUGACAUUAAAGUGAAAUGUUUGCAAAGUGUUUAUGAUGCUGAUAAAUGUUCUAUGAUGGGAAAUUAUGGUUUAUUGAGAGAGGUUUUAUGGUUUUCUGUUUUAAAACAUGACGGUAUUGCCGAUUUGUUAGGUUAUUGUAUAAGAGGAGACCAGAUAGAUCACCUUGUUCAUAAGAAGGGAGUUAUCCUAUUAACAGAACCAGGAAUACCUGUGAUGCCUUCUACUUUCAGUAUUAUAAAAUUCCAUGAUAGACUUAAGUAUGCUGUACAGUUGUCAGAGCUCCUCCACUUUUUGGAGUACCACCCACUGGGAAGCCUUGCCUUAACUAAUACAUAUAACUCAGAUUUUGUGAUAGUUAAUGAUAAACUAAAGUUAGUAGAUCUGGAUGAUGUUGCAAUGGAAGAGAAGGCCUGUAGAUUUAAUGCAGAUUGUAAAAUUCCUGGUGCUAGUCAAGUCAAGGUAACAUGCAAUGAGGCUGGGAGAUGUGUAAACAGGAAUGCCAAACUGAACUUGAAGAAGAUGGGUCCUUUAAUGUUUGAACAGAUGUUGAACAAUGCACCUCCAGGCUAUACUAGUGAAGUGAACAAAUUACGGCAUGGCAUUAUAAGUUUGACAAUCACAAAUGAUGAAGUAUUACAGACACUGAGAGAUAUAGAGAAAAGAUAUGUUCCAGAAAAAGAAGCACAACAACAAAUAGAGGAGCGACAGAGAGUUCAAGAAUAUGUUGUACAGAAUAGAGACCAACAAAGAGACGAAGUCAGACAACAAGAAAUACGCCAACAGGAGAUACAACAAAACAGAAUCAUACAAGAUCAGCAGAAACCAUUGGAGAUAAAGAAUGGUGAUUAUGAGAAAGUAACUCAGUCUAACUUUCCUGGAAAGUAUGAUUUCCCUUGUCCCCUAUCUCGAGUAGCCUGGGGCUGUGUUGUGACAGUAAGAAGUCUGAAGGAGGCCAAACAGACAUGUAACUCAGAACCUAAAUGUCAAGCUUUUGUUCUUUUCACUUCUCAACCAGAUGCAGAAGUAUUGAUGACAAUGGUAUUAAAGAACUCUCGGUUAGGUUCACCAGAAAAGAAUGUGGGUGCUACUCUCUUUCUGUAUACACCAAGAGAUGAGAUGGGACAAAGUAAUCAAAAUCUUCAAGUUAGUUUACCUAAUAAAGCUGUGGAGCAGAGGGCAGAAAGAAAUGUAGCCAAUGGAGAAUCCAGUGAUCUGAAACCUGCACCUGCUGAUUUUCCAGAAUGCAAAGCUCGUAUUGAUGACUCUGCAAAAGAUGCUAGAAAAAGCAGAGAAAGACGACUGAUGGCACAUCUUGGACUAAAAUCUUACACAGAAGCUGAUUGGAUACAGAAAAUGAAAUGGCAGAAGAUAGUUAGUCACGAGGGACUGAAUGACUUUACAUCUCCCAGCACAGUUGGUGGCAGGUUUAAUGUAACAAUGAUUGGAGCUGACAAGGACAGUAAACUUAAGAAUGCCUUGUACUUGGCAGAAAUUGGGCCAUCUCAGUUUCAUAUUGCUCAUUAUAUUGUUUAUAAACUGGAUAGAUUGUUAGGGAUAUACCACACUCCUCCCAGCAUAGUUUGGUACAUGACAAGGAAUGAAGUUGAUAUUGUUAGAGGUGACGAUACAUGGAAAAAUAGAUUAGACCUUGUAGCUCCUCACACAGAAAUUAAAGGUGUAUUGACAUGUCCUAUCCCUGCAGUCUUGAAACAAGAAAACCUUCUGAUAAAUGAACAGAGAUCAGUUGUCCAGGAAAUAAAGGAAUUUACUCGACAGGAGAAGAUGCAAGUAGAAUAUGUCCUAUUAUGGUACCUAGCAAAGAUUUAUCAUAUCAAAGAAACACCAUAUGCAUACAAAGGACAUAUGAUCCAGUUUGGUGCUGAUGGUAGUUUCCAAGAUUUGAGUGUUGAAUUACUUCCAUACUUGUUCAACUGCCAGUUUCCUAAUAUUGUAUAUAAAAUGAUGUCAUGUUUCAAGUGUCAUUAUCCCGGAAAAAGUAAAUGGUCCAUAUGUGGUCUUGGAGAAGAGGUAAUGAAGCAGGUUGAAGAGGAUGGAUUUAACUUAUCAGAUUUCAAAAUUCAUCAGAUGACACCUAAGAUUUUAUCCCAAGUUAUCAACGAAGCAGCUGCAGAAGUAUUAGAUGCAGUAGAUCAGUGUAUAAGAUCACACAGUCGAGAAAAAGUCCUGUACUGAUAACUAUUGAAAUUGUCAACUUUGUGUUAUACUAAGGUUUGAAAUAGUGCUUAAAUUAAAGAGAAUUUAGUACUGCAUUAAUAGAACUUUUCCAAAAUUGCAUGAGCAAGUGUAAUUUAAAAUUACAAUUUUAGAAAGGGAUAAAACAUUUAAAGACAAAUAAAUGCCUGCCAGACUCAUAGCAGCCAGCACCAGAUUAUUCAAAAUUUUCAAUUUGGCCGGAUUUUUAAAUGUAAGUCUUACAGAUCAUCCAUUUUUAUUUGUAUAAACCGUUUGAAGGGCAUGUAAGGUCAUGUCUUACCACGAAAUAUUUUAAAUGUUUCAUUUAAAUGAUAGGAUUUAACAUGUUUAUAUUGUGAAUAGAACAAUAAUGUGAAAACUGGCUUUGAAGCUCACAAACUUACUAUUUAUGUGAAGUAUAUGUUUAUGGAUAGCCUAGUUUACACAUGAAUAUUAGAAAAAAAACAACAUUCUAAUGAAAUUAAUUACAAAAUAAGCUAAGAUAAACAAUAUUUUAAUGUGCUCAAAAGCAGAUUUAUGUGUAUUGUGUAAUCUUGAGAUUGUUAUGGCUGCCAUAUUGCUCAAAUGGUAACUGGUAACUGCAAAUAGCAAAAGUUUAUAAAAUUUGUAGAUACAUUGCAAUAUGCCUGUAAGAUAUGAAAUGUUCAUUAAUAUGCAGACAAUGUGUAUAAUUUGAAGACAGUCAAAGUUUCAAAUGACACUUUAUACUUUUCCACUUUUGAACUCUUAUAUUUCAUCCCUUAUAACAUUAUCAUUUUUUUUCAUUUAUAUUGGUUGGAAAUGCAAUUCUUGACACUUGUAGAUUUUACUUUUAUUUUGAUACAAUUUUGUGAUAUGUAUCUAUGUUAAAAUUUUUGCAAUCUGAUUGGAUAAGAAGUGAUCAUGUGACCCAAAAGUUGAUUUUUAAGUUUCUGAUGAACACCAAAUUUCAAAUACAUAAUUAUGUCUUUCUUAGAUAUCAACUUAUGCAGAUAUUUUUAUAAUAAAACAAAAUGUAGAAUUAUAAUCAACAGAUAUUGUGAAGGACUGUGUUCAUUUUUAUUUUUUUUUUAUUUAAAUAUUAAGCAUAUAGUUCAACAGUAUUUUAGAACAAAAUUGUAUAUUUAUAUAUAUAUCUUAAAGAGAAUAAAAAAUUUCAAUAAAUUAUUAUAUUAAAUAUUGCAAACCAAAAAAACUAAAAUGAAAAUAGUACAAACAUUUAUUUACAUUACAAAAAUUCUGCAAAUUGUUCUUUCAGAAUUAAGAUUGAUUAUUAUAUGAUCAUACUGCCUAGGUGCAAAAAUAGACAAUAUUCCUAAUUAAGAAAGAACAUGCAUGUAAAAUCAUAAUAUUUUGAAAAAAAGCUACAUGUGUCAUUUGAGGCAGUAAUUGAGGUUUUAGAUGAUAGUGCUACUUCUCUUUAAAGAGGGUGUGGAUGGGCAUUUACAGAAUAGAGAAUGAUGGGCAAAAAAUAAAAGGAAUAGAGAAAAAUGGACCAAAAAAAUAAAGAAUAGAGAAUAAUGAGGUGCUAAAAUAUAAAGAAUAAAGAAUAAUGGGCAAAAAAUAUAAAGAAUUGAGAAAAAUGGCCUAAAAAAUUAAAAAAUACAGAAAUGAAGGACCCCCAAUCCAGAACCUCUUUAAAUUGUAGUGUGAUUACAUUCUAAGAGACAUAACUCAGUACAAUACUUUUUACCUUGAAUUUGAUCUUUCUUCCUUGUUGCUCAUAAGCUGUGUUCAUUACAGUUUUUAGGUUGCACCUGCAUUGUAUGAUGUGCGUAUACCCUGUAAAUAUAAAUAGUAUAUUUUGAUCUCAUUGAAUAUUUACAUUGAUAAUGAACAAACCAAGAAUAAGAAUGCAUUAUCGUUAUUUUGCGCAUUUUUCCUUUGAUCUUUUUUUGUGAUAAUUUUUCAUAUCAUGCUACUGGCUUGAGAUAGAAAAUUAGCGUCAGAAACUAAGGGAGCGCAUGUGACGUUGUCAAUGUAAACAUCAAUGAUGUCAUAGGCAAAAUAGCGAUAAACAGAUUUUCAAUGGUCUUUCAAACUCGAGGAUGUUUCUCGGCCACAUCUCAUCUCAGGGUGUUGCCCUUUGAUGAGAUUGUAGCUGAGAAACAUCCUCUCGUUUGAAAACCCAUCGAUAAUCUAAAAUUAUUAUGAAACAAAAAGAUUAUUUUUCUAUGACGGCUUUUAUAUAAAAAAAAAAUGAACAGACAUAAGGUGUAGUUCAGUUGUUAAAUUGUUUUGUAUAUAUGUUCACUCUUAACAAACUUGAAGUGUAAGAUAUGAAUUUACAUUUUUAUAUAGUGUUAUGUAUAUUGGUAUUGUAUUCUAUGCAUGUUCAAUGUUGUUUUUGUUAACAGUAGAUGAAUGAAAUUAUUUUUAUCCAUAGCUUUAAGUUUUGUGUAGUAUAUAUUAUAUAUGUCAUUAUGUGGAUUAAGUGAUCAAAGCUUAAAAUAGAGACAGAGUGUGGAUUAUGUUUUAUAUAUGUCAUUAACGUCACAGUACCCAAAUUGCAUCGAGUACCCAAAUUGCACCCAUUUAGCAAAAAUAGCAGCGGAAAUGUUACAAGUUUUCUUAAAGACUAAACAGUUUGUAUUUUUAUGAUUUGACAUUAUGCACAUCUUUUAACAUAGCUAAAUAUAUUUAAAUAUACACAAAACACAUUCACAUUAUAUAUCAACAGAUGAAGUAUUCACUGGAAAAAGUAAAAUCUACAGAAAGGUCGCGACGUUUCUCAAAAAGUCAUUUUUUAAAAAUGAACAAUUAAAGUAUGUUACAGGCAUCCAUUUCUUAAAAAAUGAAUGGUAAGCAUGGACUAUUGUCAAAUUGUUCUAAAUAUUCGGAGAAAUAAAACAAAACAUCAGUUAUUAGAUUUUUACGGAUGUGAAUUUAAGCAUGGAUGCAAUUAGGGUACUCCUCAUUACAAAAUCAUGGAUCAUUUGGAGGUCGGUUCAAACCCAUAUUUCUAUGAUUCAAUAUGGAUUCAAAAUUAAAUUGGUGGAACUAUAUAGUAAAUAAAGAUACAUCUGCAAAAUAAACACAGUAUGGAAACUUUUGUCUGGAUCAUAGAUAGAGGUAGGUGAAAAAACUGUCAAAAUAGGUGCAAUUUGGGUACCCUCACGUUAUGUUGAUUAAGUGGUUAAAGCUUAAAAUAGAGACUGAGUGCAGAUUUUAAGUGAAACAUUGUAUAAUAAAUGUUAAAAAUAAUGAAAAAUAUUAUUUAAUGCUUAUAAUACAUCAAUUUCAAUGUUUAUUUUUUUCGUAUGAAAAAGUUUACAGAUAGAAUUACAUUUAUUUUAUAGACUUGAAAGGAGGAAUGUGUGAAAAAAGUAAAAGAAGAUAUUAUAUUUAAUGAGAUUCAUCUACACUAAUGAUAAAAUUCACUCAUUUCCGUGGAUAGUUUUAUGUUAAAAAAAUUAAUUGCUCGAAUUUUAUGUUCAAAUCUAAAAACAUUGUGCUCCAAUAACUAUAGAGCUUUUCUAAAAUUAAUGGUUGGUGGUCAAGAGGCACUCAAAUUAAUUUAAUAUGUUUGGUUGCAUUGUCCUUAGAAUUUUGUAAAAAUUAUAAGUAAAAUGAAAUUUCUAUUUCAUGGGUGUCAGGGUUUUAAAAAAAUGUCUCCCAUGCCCCUCAUACACUUAAUGCUGGAACAUCCAUAACUGAUAAUUAAAUAAGUUAUUUUUUAGAUUUAUCCUUACAAUCUUUAACUUUAAGCAGUAAGUAAUGUGAUAUCAUGAUGUGUAAUUAUGUGUCAAGUUUUUGUUCUCACUUAAAAUAAUUUUUAUGUAAACCUUAUUUAAACCAUAUAAACAUCAAUAGUAAAUUAAUUAAAAGCAAACAUUGGCUACAUUUUUAUGAGUGGAAUAGUAUUUACUUUGAAAAGGGGGGGGGGGUUGGAAUUACUACUAAAAAGUAUAAAAAAUAUUUAACUUCUUAUGUUAAAAUUUCUGUUGAAUGAUUGAAAGAAAUUCAUUUCCAAUAUGAAAAUAUUUAUUUUUGCAAAUAAUUUCUCUUCUAACGAUUUAGCCUUUAUGAAAUCUGAGACGGUAAAGAAGGCCUAAUUUUGUGAUUUUAAGAUAUGUUUGAUUGCCAAGAAAGGUUGAGGGUAGGGUAGCCAAUGUAAACUUUUUAGUAAUUUUAGAAACACAUAACAAACAAUUUGUGUUGUCAAUCAGAUUACUCUUUCUAGCUUAUGAGGUAAUGGCAGUUCUUCAGCUAUGGAAUAAACCUAUCAAUUUAAGGUCGAUUACACUACAUAUUACCAUAACAUUGUCUCAAAAGAAGAAUCCAACCUUGACUCUGGAUGUUAGGGAUUUUUUCCUCAAAUACUUUUUGAGGUUGAUAUAUGAU